UCACUGAGCAAAGAGAAUAUAAAGCCAAAAAAGCGUACCAUUUUAUAUAUUCUCUUGUGAAUCUGUGAUCUUCACUUCCCAUUCUCUCCCAAAUUUCUCACUUCUUUUUCUCACACACUCUAUACAUAGAACGAACCAGUGAGAGAGAUUCACUCACCAUGCCUAGGGUUGGGUCCGAGACACCAGCGCCGAGCUCUUCUUCAUCAAUGGCGUCUACGAUCAAAGCCUACUCUGUGCCUCUCAUUCUCUUCGUCGCCGCUAUGUUUUACCAGCUCUUCGUCAUUCCUAAGUCCUUUCCUGUCUCUCAUUACGAUGUUUUGGGAAUUAAGAGGUACAGUUCUAUUGCUGUUGCGAAGGAAGCCUAUGAGAAGAUUUCAAGCAAGUGGAAUUCAGGUAAUGAAGUUCCCAGUAAUGAUGAUUUUAUAAAGAUUCAAUAUGCUUAUGAGUUUCUGACAAAUCCUUCAUGGAAAAGUAACUACGACAUAUUUGGCAUCGAUGAGUAUAUUCAUGUUAUUGACAAGGUCAAAGGGAAAUAUGCUGGUGAAAGUUUUUCAAAAAUAAAACUUCCUCUGCUAGAUGCUACUGUUUCCGUUCCCGAAGAUGUUAGUCUUAAUGUCAUCACCUACAAGGAUUUCGAGCCUAUUUUAAAGGACACACGCCCUUCUCUAAUUCAGGUGUUUUCAUUUGGGAGCAAACGCUGUGCUCAAUUUUUGGCUGUCUGGAAAAGAAUUGUAUUUUUGUUGGACGGAGUAGCAAAUACCGGUAGGGUGGAGCUUGGUGACCUUCAACUUGCAGCAUACUUUGCUGAGAAAAAGCCAACAGGUCAACCUUUCUUUAGGAAUGGCCUUCCUUCACUCGUUGCAUUUCCCCCUGAUUGCAAAACUGCAGAUUGUGUUAUACAUUUUGAUGGGGAGCUGUCAGUAGAUGCAGUUACAGAUUGGUUUUCUACAACAAUACUUGGUUUACCUCGAAUUCUUUACUACUCAAGGGACACACUGGUACCAAAAUUUCUGUCAAAAAGUAGUCCUCAUAAGGUAAGAGUCAUUUUCUUCUCAAAAACAGGGGAGCGUGCUGCUCCAUUUGUACGUCAAGCUGCUCAAAGUUAUUGGGCAUAUGCCUCUUUUGCAUUUGUACUAUGGCAAGAAGAAGAUUCUUCCUUUUGGUGGAACGGGUUAGGAGUGGAGUCCGCACCUGCCAUAGUUUUUUUGAAAGAUCCGGGUCUCAAACCUGUUGUUUACCAUGGUUCGGUUAACAGUUCGCGGUUUUCAACUAUUAUGGAACAGAAUAAGCAGCAAGAGCUUCCUCAACUAAGGAGUGUGACAUCAAUGGAGCUGGGUUGUGAUGCACAUGGCUAUUCUCGUGCUGGAGUGGAUACCACAACUUGGUACUGUGCUGUUCUGGCAGGAAGGCUUGGCCCUGAACUUGACAAAAUGCGUGAAACCAUGCGCAGGGUUCAAGAAUUGUUGUCCAAUGAUGGUGAUUUAAAGGAAGCAGAUAAAGUUGAAUCCUUCUCACCUGCUGCAGCAGCUCUAAAUAGUAGGCGAUUAACUUUUGUUUGGCUUGAUGGGGAAGCCCAAAAGAAAUACUGCUACUUCUGCCUCCAUAGUGGUAAUAGCUCUGAAUCUAUCUAUGACACUUGUGGACCAAGGAGAGACAUGGCUGAUGUACCUCGGAUAUUUAUUGUGCGUUACAAAAGAAAUUUUACCGAAGAGAAUUUGAAAGUUGAGGCAAAGCCAAAAGGCAUAUGGGAUACUAUGAAAGGUGAUGAUGUGGCUCCUGCUUCACAGCUUGUGGCAAGAUACAGUGGUUCGGAUGAUAGUUUACAGAUUAUCGAAUGGAUCUCAAACAUAAUCAAAGAUGGUGACUCCAGGGAUCUGCCCUCAUUUAGAACUAAAACUCCUGAGCUUGUUCCGGAGGAUGCAGAUCCUAUUUGGGUUAGAGGAGCCCAAAAAGUACUUUCAAAAAUCACAUUAAAGCAAAGGAUUCAUGGCAUCAUAAGGGGAAUCUAUGAUCGUUUGGGAGAUCCAAGGAAUGGUCCAUAUUUGCUUCUUGGGGCAUUAAUGUCUUUUGGUGCCAUCUGGCUGCGAAGGAGUCGACCAACUCCUCCAAGCCAGUCAAAUCAACCAAGUCAACCAAGUCAGCCAGCAAAUGAUGAAAGUAGACCAAAAAGGAGAGGCAGGGCUAGAGCAGCGUCAAACAAAGAUAAACCUCCUUCCAUGACUGACGUGGAUCCAAAAGAUGCAUUCCAGAUGCCGUUUUCUGAUUCUGACUCAAACUCUGAGUAGUAGAUGCUGCUUAGGAAAUGGAAUUUUUUUUAAGUAUGAUUGUUAAUUUUGUAAGCAUUAGUAACAGUAGAAAAUUAUAGAUGUUUUAUGAUAUGAUUAUGAGAACAACUCAUACCUCACAUGUUUAUAAGUUUUAGACAAAUAUAUCUAACUUCCAGGGGCAAUUGAACUUUUAUUGGAAA